UAUCAAGAGUCGACGCUCGCAGGAAGUUUUUCCCCUCGGGACCCGCUUCUUCAUGCGUAUCUACGUUUCCGCUCGUCAAUACUUGGCUGGGUCUCGUGCAUCCCGCAAGAAUAUAGACUUUUUUUGUCGUUCUACUCGAACCGAACUCUUUUCGUUUGUCCGCUCGCAAAGAUAUUUCGCUUCUUGUAUACCUCUAGCCUAUUGGCGAAGACCAGUUGAGCCAUGGACAAUAACGAAGGAAGACCUAGCGGAUCCGAAGAAGCUGAUCGCAAGCGUAAGAAGGGGGAUAUGGGAAGAGCAGAGUGGAGUCGGCAAGCGCUAGACAAAAGAGGGCGACUAGAUAAAGAGAAUGAGGUCAAACGACGGAAGAUUGAGAAUGGAGAGGAAGUUAAGACUCCGAUCUACGCCACACAGUUCUCCCAGGAAGACAUCGAGAACGAACAGAGACGGCCAAAGAAGAAGGUGGCUGUCCUGCUAGGAUAUUCUGGAACAGGCUACAAGGGAAUGCAAUUAAGCGAAAGCGAAAAGACAAUAGAGGGCGAGCUCUUCACUGCAUUUGUAGCUGCCGGAGCUAUCUCCAAGGCUAACGCAGCUGACCCGAAGAAAUCGUCAUUGGUACGAUGCGCCCGUACCGACAAGGGUGUCCAUGCAGCCGGUAAUAUCGUGUCCUUGAAAUUGAUUGUUGAGGAUGAAGAUAUUGUUCAGAAGAUCAACAGCCACCUCAGUGAACAGAUCCGUGUCUGGGGUAUUGUGAUCGCGAAUAAGUCCUUCAGCAGUUAUCAGAUGUGCGACUCUCGUAUUUACGAGUAUCUGAUGCCCAGUUACUGCUUUUUGCCACCGCACCCCAGCUCUUUCCUUGGCAAGAAGAUUGUGGAGAUCGCUGAAAAGGAAGGAGAUUUGGAGGCGUUCAAAGCUAGACAAGAGGAAGUAGCUAACUACUGGGAAGAAGCCGAUGAAAAGUAUAUUCGGCCCGUUCUCGAUCGCAUAGAUGAAGAUAUCCGCGAGGUUGUCAAGAAUGCGAUCUACCACGAGAGACCUGAGGAAUAUGAAUCGUCAGAGCCUACGGAGGGUAAGGAACAACCAGAAGCCACAGAGGACGCGAACGCCUCGGGUGCAGAGAAGCCUUCUGGUGAUGGCACGGCAAAGCCUAAACUCACUGAAGCCGAGGAGGCUCGCAGACGGAAAAUCAUCGAUGCAGUCAAGGCUGUGAAAGCUGCAUACAGUACCGCAAAGCGAUCUUACCGUAUUCCUCCCGCACGCGUUGCUCGCCUACAAGAGACUUUGGAUAAAUACCUUGGAACCAAGAACUUCUACAAUUACACCAUCCAGAAGUUGUUCAAAGACCCCUCUGCCAAACGCCAUAUCAAAUCCUUCAAAGUCGACACUACGCCGAUUAUCAUCAAUGGCACCGAGUGGCUUAGUCUCAAGGUCCACGGUCAAAGCUUCAUGAUGCACCAAAUUCGUAAAAUGGUGGCCAUGGCCACACUCAUCGUGCGCUGUGGCUGUGACCCUAAGCGCAUCAUCGACUCAUAUGGACCGACUAAGAUUCCCAUCCCUAAGGCGCCCGGACUGGGGCUUUUAUUGGAACGCCCCGUGUUCAACAGCUACAAUAGAAAGGCGCAGGAGACCGGAAAGAAGCCCAUUGUGUUUGAUGAGUAUGCCACGGAAAUGAAUGAGUUCAAACAACGAGAGAUCUAUGACCGCAUUUUCCGUGCGGAAGAGGAAAUCAACGCGUUCGCUUCAUUUUUCAAUCAUAUCGAUCACUUCCCCCAGGAGGAAUUCCUGUAUAUCACCUCCGGCGGUAUACCAGCUGCGAAGCCUGUGCCGCAGCCUUUGGCCCAAGGCGCUCAGAAUAGCCGAAAAUCCCAAAGAGAGGCUCUGGCUGAGAUUGAGGCUGAAUCGGAAGAUGAAGUCAACCUUCCUAACGGUGGAGAAGAGGGUGGUUGAAAUAUCAGCCAUACAUGUAAAUAAUAAAAGAAUGGAUCUCUUACAUAUGUUCAUCGGAUAUUUCGCCAACUCUCUACCUUCCAACGAGUUUUGAAGAUUGAUGUGAUAACAUAGCAUAGAUAGUUUACAGAUUUCUUUAGUGAGUGUGCCUGAGUGUCAAGGCA